AUGAAUCUGUUAUGCACUAGAAACAUGAUGACUCUAUGUCAGAGAUCUUCUGAGACAAAGACUAGCCCUGUUUGGUUUUCGAAUCUAGAAAAACAACAUUUAGUAAAUGUACACAUAUUUGAAGAAUCUCCAUGCGAAUCUAGAGAAGCAAUUUGCAAUUUGUGUAAAAGUAAGGUUUCUUUUGAAUCUUCAGCAUAUUAUUGCCGUGAGUGUAGAUCCCAUUUCCACAAGGAUUGUCUCACAAUAACUUAUCCAAAGAUUCAUGAGCAUACUCUAACUUUCAUUCGUAGAGAGAUUUUUGUUCCUUGUGAUCUUUGUGGGAGGGAAGAUAAAGGUAUAUAUUACGGAUGUUUGCAAUGCGAUUUCUUUGUACAUAGACACUGUAUAUACUUACCAAAGGUUAUAAAGAUCACACGUCAUUUACAUCGUCUCUCUCACAAUCUUCGUAUCAAUGAUCAUGGCGAUAACAUUUGUGGAGUUUGUCGUGAUCAUGUUGAAGCUAGAUAUGGAGGAUACUCUUGUAUUGAUAAAACAUGUAAUUAUGUUGUCCAUUCAACAUGUAUAAUUACUUUCAAUGUGUGGGAUGGCAAAGAACUUGAAGAAGAACCUGAACCUGUACCAGAAGAGAUUGACUCUGAAGUUGAUUUUGCGGCGUUGGUGGAAAUAGAUGCAAAAUCAAAACGCCAUUUUAGCCAUGAACAUGACCUAAUGAGACUAGAUAUAGAUGACAAGGAGGAAAGUGAACAAGUAUGUCAAGCCUGCAUCCUUCCAAUUGAAUUUGGUAGUUACUUAGGUUGCAAGCAAUGCGACUUUGCUCUCCACGACGUGUGUGCGAGUCUUCCUCGGAAGAUGGAACAUGCGAUACAUAUUCAUCCGCUAACCAUACAUGUUGACACGAUGAACUACGAAAAUGGGUUCUUCACUUGCACUGUAUGUAACCAAUGCUCUUGCGGAUACAUGUACAAGUGUAGCCAAGAUUGUGGGUUUAAAAUAGAUGUCAAGUGUGCUUCUUUUGCGGAACCAUUCCACCAUAGUACGCACAAACAUCCUCUUUAUCUCGCAGUAUAUUUUGAUGAAUUUAUUUAUAGCUGUGUAGGGUGCACUCAAUCUUCAAGGUUUGCAGCACAAUGUUACGAAAGUUGCUGGUACCCCUUGGAGUUCAAAUGCUUGAAUUUACCACAAUUGGUAAAAUACAAGUGUGACACUCACUCACUCACUCUAUACGGUAAGAACUAUUACUCGAAGAGAUCUGAGGAGCAACUUAAGUGGUGGUGUGAGAUUUGUGAAGAAAACAUAGAUUGGUCGAAUUUUUGCUACUCCUGCCUUGAUUGCUGCACCACUGUACAUGUCGACUGCAUCUUAGGGAAAUACCCUUAUUUGAAAUCUGGCCAUAGGAUCAAAGUGAGUGGUUUCGAGGUCGAAGUUGCUUCAAACAAUGGUGGUUCUAGACCGAUUUGUCAUACAUGUCACCGUAUUUGCCAAUACAGACAAGUUUUCAACGCAAAAGAUGAUGUAUGUUUCUGUUCUAUCAAUUGUAUUCAUUCUACCAAAUGAGUCAUGUACUAUAUGCAAUGCAAGUCUGUCGAUGUAGUCAUCAUGUAGUGAAAGGAAAAAUUGACGAGUCCUUACAAUUUCAAACUUCAAAAAUAUCAAAAUUUAGGACUCCGCCGUUACGUUGAU